AUGAAUGAUAAUAAAACCGAGGAGGAAGAUAUUUUAGAGCAGCCAGCGUUUUUGGCAAACCAAAAUCCUUUGAAUGAAGAACAGAAUAUGGCUACAAACGUAGAUCAUGAACCAUCAUGGCUAAUUUAUCCAUUAGAAAAUUAUGGAAUCAGAGUCCAAGAUAAUGCUGAUGAAAUCUCGUCAAGCAUCCCAAUUAGUGAGAUGAAUGGAUUUAAUACAAAGGUUGAUAACUUUUUAAAAGAUGGAAUCGGGCGUAGUGUUGCUGCCUUAAUGCUUACUCAUCGUUAUUUGUGUCCACAUGUAGUUUUACUUCAAAAUGAUUUAACCAGUGAAUGGAUGCUUCCAAAUUGUACAUAUAAAGCCUGGGAAAAUCCUCGCAUAGUAUUAGCAAACUUUUUAAAGUCAAUAUUUUUAACAAGUUCGAGCAUUAAUAGCAAUAGUAACAUUGCUAACAAUAGCAGUAAUAAUAAUGGUUCUAAUGGCAGCUCGACAAAUAAUAGCAGUAAUAUCAAUAAUGCUUGUUCUGAUAAUGCAGUGGAGGUUGGAGAAUACUUGGGAACUUGGUGGAGGACUGAGUUCAAUUAUUCUCCAUUACCAUAUUUACCACCUCAUUCGACAAGACCUAAAGAAACAAUAAGGAUUUAUCAGGUAAUUCUUCCUCCGAAAUUGCUGUUUAAAUUGCCAAAGCAUCAUGUAUUAAAGAGCUUACCUCUAUUUGAUUUAGACCCAAAUAUAUUUGGAAUAGCUUGUGGUAGUAUUCCUCAGCUUAUUUCAAGAUUUCAAAUUCAGUCAAUGGUCCAGUCAGAUAAUUAA